AUACUUUGAUGGUGGUAGCAUUUGAAUUGGAUUUUUAGUCUUGGUUUAGAAACGCUUAAGCGAGUUUAUUGCCAAAAUGGACCUACGCUGUCUACUCUUAGGGUCCCUAGUCUUACUCUUGCUAGUCGGUUGUCAAGCCGAUGUUGCAGAUAAUGAAUUGGAAGUUUCCAACUUUUUGGAAGCGGUCAAUCAUCGUCUAGCCUUUCUCUACAACAAAGAAGUCAUGGCCAAUUGGCAAAAUGAAAUCAAAGGCCCCAAUGACCUCAUAGCCAUGUUACAGUCCGAGAUAGCCACACAACAGAUUAUGCGUUUUAUACACAGUAUUUCUACUAAAGUGGCAAAAUUCAAGAGAAUACCUUUGGAGAAUAAAGAUUUAAAAAGGCAAUUGUCUCUUAUACCCGAAGUGGGUUAUGAGGUUUUGCCCGUAGAAGAUUUGGAACUGCUCUAUGCUGUCACUAGUAAUAUGAGUGAUAUUUAUAAAAAUGUUAAAUUGUGUUCGUUUAGGGAACCGGAACGUUGUGAUUUAAGAUUGAUACCCGAAGUACAAAAUAUUCUUCACUCUACCGAUGAUGUGCGCGAAAUCGAAUACUAUUGGUUGGAAUGGCGUCGUAAGACGGGCAUAGCAUCGAGGGAAGAUUUUCAAAAGUUUGUAGAGUUGUAUCGGAAGACAGCGAAAAUGAAUGGAUUUUCCAAACCUUCCGAUUUCUGGCAUAAGGAUAUUGGUGAAAGCAGCUCUACUAUAUCCACCCACUUGGAGAGGAUAAUGUCCGAUUUGAAGCCAUUAUUUGUACAAUUUCAUGCUUAUAUUAGAGGCCAAUUGCGUUUGAAAUAUGGUCCAGAAUUGAUCGAAUACAAUAAACCCUAUCCCCAACAAUUAGCGGAGAUAUUCAUAGGCAAUGCUUUUCAUUUGGGAGAAGCAGGCUGGUCUAUGGAUGUACCCUUCAAUAUGACCAAAUUGCCCAAUAUUACCGAUAGUUUAUUAAAGAGAGGCGUGACAAAUGCUCAGAUUAACUUUUGGAAUGCCAAAGAGUUCUUUAGAUCCCUGGGAAUGCCGCCAUUAGAGGAAAACUUUUGGCAGGACAGCUGUGAGGCCAAAGCUGAUUUAGAGGAUGAUCAUUGCUGGCAUAAGGCCUGGUCUUUCUAUGGCUUAAAUCAUGUGAACUUUUCCUAUUGUCCUCUCAUCAGUGAGCCCACCUUUUUCAAUAUGUUUGAGGCUUUGUCAGAUGUCUACUAUUACCGGGCCUAUGAAAAUCUUACUACUUUGUACCAAGAAGAACCUAUACCCAAUUUAAGUGAUGCUUUGGGUAAAUUCUUCUCUUUGACUGCCUCUUCACCUAAAUAUUUGGAGAGAUUGAAAUUAGUAGACUCUUCAUACAGCACCAAAGAAGCCCGUAUCAAUAGGUUAUAUGUGCAUGGUCUUCGCACUAUUUUCUUGAUUCCUGUUUUCUAUAUUUUGGAACGUUAUCGUUUGGAUGUUAUAGAUAAACAUAUCGAUAUCAAUGAUAACUGUGCCUAUUGGCGUCUGACUGAAGACUAUACCGGAGCUGAACCUCCUGUUUCCCGAUCAAAUUCCGAUUUUGAUGCUCCCGCUAAAUUACUUAUGGAAGUGGAUGAUCAAUAUACUACCCAAAUUUACAGCAUAGUUUUGCAGUAUCAAUUGUUAGAACACUUUUGCUCUUUAACCGGAGAAUAUGUUAAGGGCGAUCCCGAGAAACCUUUAGAUAUGUGUGACCUGACUGGUCAUCAUGUAGUGGGUGAAAAGAUUUACAAAGCCAUGUCUUUGGGUUCUUCGGUGGGCUUUAAAGAGGUCCUUAAAGUUUUAGUGGACUCAGAGGAGUUAAAUAUCAAUGGUUUAUUGGAAUACUAUAAGCCCUUGUUUGAGUGGUUGAAGGAGGCAAAUGAAAAGGAUAAUAAUGAAGUUGGAUGGCAAAAAUCGGAAAAAUGUCAGCCCUGAAGAUUUUGUUGCCGAUAGCCGCAGCAUUUAAAAUUAUUUCAUUUAACAUUUGUAUAUAAAAAUCAGUAGACAAACUAUUGCAUACUUUUAGGCUUUAAAAUUGUAUUGAAUUGUUAAUAAGACAAGAUGAUUCAAAUAAAUAGAAAAUUUAUUUAAAU